AUGGCAGUGGUGGUUGACGACAAGGUGUAUCCAUUGCAUCAAUCGAAUUUGACAUCAUUGCUUUAUACCGGUGACGCCCCAACGCCAUCACAAGGUUACUAUUUUGCCAAGACAAGUGAUGGCCACCAUGUCACAGAACGGGAGCCAUUUACCCGAAGUCUUGAUGGUCGUCCUGGAGAUGAUGUCUACUAUGAGGUGUAUAAUAGAUCCGUCAACGCACAUCCAAUGAAGGACUUGCCACAGUAUCUGGAACCUCUUGAAAGCAUUCAUCGUGUUGAUUCGGAUCUUCAUCGAUACAACGAGAUUGCCACUGUACACUUUACCACCGCCAAUCAAUCUGCCAUCGAUUACAUGCAUACGAAUGUUACAGCCGACUUUCAAGUUGUGUGCAACAUGACCUACAUCAGGGGUGAUGAAAUCCAAACCUUUGACGACGUGGAGUUGGAGCUUGCAGGAAGAAGCUCUCGUUUAACUCCCAAGCUCAGCUACAAUAUCAAGAUUCCCAAGGGACAAAAGUUGUAUGAAUACCGUCGAUUGAAGCUACGAUCGCUCUUUAGUGAUCCAUCCUAUGUGCGUGAAAGCAUGGCAUACCGUAUCAUUGAAUCCGCUGGCCUUGCCACAUCCAAGUUUUCUUAUAUUCGCGUGUUCAUCAAUAAUGAAACGGCUGGUCUUUUUGGCAUUAUUGAGAAUUUCAAGAACCCAUGGGCCAAGAAUGAAUUUGCCAAUGGUGAUAACGACUAUCCUAAUUAUUCUCGAGGCAAUCUUUAUCAAGGCCAUUUGGGCGAACCACCCAAGACAUUCUCUGAUCUAGGCUACAUUGGCGACAAUGUCACUGCCUAUGCAGCAGGCCAAUACAAGAUCAAGGAAGAUCCUUCAGAAGGCGAACCCGAUUAUGCCCCGUUGAUGAACUUGACUCGCUUUAUUGCCCAUGCGCCUACCAAUACCUCGAACGCUGUUGAGGAAUGGAACAAGCAUUUCGAUAUGGAAAGUGUGCUUCGAGGUAUGGCAUUGGAAGUCCUUGUUGGCUACUCUGAUGGCUAUUUGACCUUGGCCGAUAACUACUAUGUGUACCAAAUGGGUGUCAAUUCUACACGCUUCCUCUACAUCCCUUCAGACCUCGACAUGACAUUCGGCAGCACGCUUGUAAAGAUGAGUGAUAUGGUGUCUGGUGAUUACAACCGUUUCCCAGGUCUCCACGAUCGCCCAUUGACAUCGCAAUUCCUUCGUGUGCCUGAAUUCAAGGAUCGCUUUGAGAAGUUGCUCAAUAGCCUCUCUGCACAUCUUGUGACACCCAAGGUCCUGGAUCCCGUGAUCGAUGACACUGUCAACAUGAUUCGCCCCGAUGUUGAAUGGGAUUUGACGUUGCCACGCUUGAGCCAGUUCAACUUUUCCGAUUCUCAAGAAGCCAUGGGCAGCCUUAUGGAUGUCAGCACCGAUAUGAGCCAAUUUAGCAUGCCAUCGACUGUGGAUAAUGCUACGAUGCAAGAAUUGUUCACUGGUGCCACUGCAAAUGUGACAUUCGAUGAAGCUAUCUCCGGACAUCUUGGUCUCCUCUCCUUAGCCAGUAUCAAGGAAUUCAUUGCAAACCAAAGCUCAGCUACCCAAGAGUACUACCGUCAGCGUCAAUGA